AUAUUUUUUUAGUGCAAUUUAUUUAUUUAUUUAUUUUAUUUAUAAACAGCAAGAAGUUAAGCUCAGUUAUGAGCUCAUUUCCAAAAUUGCUGAUGGAAGCGUGGCAGAAAUGGGAUGUGAGGGGAUUGGUUCUUUUUAGUCUUACCUUACAAAUCGUCCUCUCUGUCUUAGGUGGGCGUAGGAAAUACAAAAUUCAUCCAUUCUUCAAAACCGUUCUAUGGUUUGCCUACUUAGGUGCUGACUGGAUUGCCAUUGCUACUUUGGGCAAGCUUUCCGGUUCCUAUACAGAAUCUCCCGACACCAAUGUCUUAAGAGCAUACUGGGCUCCUUUACUCUUGCUACAUCUUGGUGGCCCUGACACCAUCACAGCUUAUUCCUUUGAAGACAACAAGCUUUGGAUUAGGCACCUCCUCAUCCUUGUUGUCAAAGCCAUUUUCGUCGUUUAUAUAUUGUGUCUCAAGCAAAAUAAUUCACAGAAAACAAAACCAGUCAUUUCUAAUAUCUUUAAUCCUCAAGGUCCUCAAACCAAUAACUCUUCAGCCCUUGAUGACCAUCUAAAACCAAACCGACCUGUGUUGGAUGGUUAUCUAUUGUUUAUAAUUAUGAGACCAGAUGUCCAUGAUUACCUCUCAUCCCAUAAUGUUUCCGAUGUUAGAAAAAGGCUAAAAGCUUAUAUCAAAGAAACCACAGGUAUGGAAGGCACUGGUGCUCUCGAUUUCGCUAAUGAAUUCAGUAAAUCAAUAGGUGACAAGUCGAUUGAUGUUAUCAAAUUUCUUGUUGCUGCAAUUGGGUUUAUAUUUGAUGUUGUUUACACCAAAGCUGCUUUGAUUUACACCAAGUUAGGAUGCUUAUUGCGCUUGACCAGUUUCGCUAGCUCCUUCUCAGUUCUACUACUCUUCUUUAUCAGCAUAAUUAAUGAGCCAAAAUUCCAUUUCUCAAGAAUUGAUAUUGGCAUAACUGGCAUCUUAUUGAGUGGAGCUAUUGCACUGGAACUUUAUGCAGCAUGUGUAAUGCUUUCUUCUGAUUGGGCAAUUCUUGUUGUGCAAUUUCAUGAUAUUGUGUUCGUACGCAAAAUAUUUAAGGUCGCCUUAAAUUGCUUCCCUUGCUUAUUGCGUCGAAGUAAAAGGUGGUCAAAUCAGAUAGGUCAAUUUGAUCUAUUGGAAUAUUGUUGGCGUUACAAUAAAAGCAAGGUGAACCAAUCAUGGGGCAUUCUACUGAAGAUCACUAAUGGCCGUCAAAUUGUUGAAAUGUGGCGCACAUACUGGUUCACUAAAUUUGUGGAAGUUCCAGAUUAUUUGAAAGACUGGGGCAAUUACGACAACCUCUUUCGCUCAUUCUUUAGGGAGGAAGGAUUCAAGAUAUCAAGAGGAGAAAAGGCAAUACAACAUGAGCAACAAUUUAAUGAACUAAAAUGGAGCAUUGGAUUGGACUUUGAUCACAGCAUCAUAGUAUGGCAUCUUGCCACUAGUGUUUGCUGCUCGCAAGAGGAUCAUGAUGAUGGUGAAGCCAGUGUUAUCUCCUCCGAAGAGGAUUACGAUGAAAUCAAGAAAACCAGUAAAUACGUAUCAGAUUACAUGAUGUAUCUACUAGCUAUGUGUCCUGCCCUGAUAUUGCCCGAGCACAGCAAGAGUUUUUGGCUUGAUCAUACUUAUGACAAGCUAAAAGGACUUGAGUUACCUACAACUAAUUCAAGAAAUGCUGCUUCCGUAUUACUUUCUCAUCAAGAUAAUGUUCCCAAAGAGGACAUUGAAUCCAGGUUUGAUAAUGUAUUGCACUGGCACAUUGUAGAUACCCAAUCUUUCCCGUUGGAGAUACCUUCGUAUCCAAAGCUGUGGAAUGGUGCUUAUUCGGCCUCAGAACGAUAUACAAUAGCUGAUGCUGCUGAAAUUGUGAGUUAUGCCCAAGAACGAGGGAUUAAUGUAAUGGCUGAAUUGGAUGUCCCUGGGCAUGCAUUCUCCUGGGGGGUCGGCUAUCCUGCUUUAUGGCCAUCAAGUAACUGUCAGCAGCCACUUGAUGUCAGUAAUGAAUUCACUUUUCAAGUGAUAGAUGGAAUUCUUUCAGAUUUCAGUAAGAUCUUUAAAUUUAAGUUUGUUCAUUUGGGAGGUGACGAAGUUAAUACAAGUUGCUGGACUGAUACUUCACACAUCAGCAAAUGGUUAAAGAAGCAUCACAUGAAUGAAUCCCAAGCUUAUCAGUACUUUGUCUUGAGAGCUCAGAAUAUAGCUCUGUCCCAUGGAUAUGAAAUUGUUAAUUGGGAGGAGACAUUCAACAAAUUUGGCAAUAAAUUAAGCCGGAAAACUGUGGUGCACAACUGGCUCGGUGGUGGAGUUGCUGAGCAAGUGGUGGCAUCUGGAUUAAGGUGCAUUGUGAGCAACCAGGAUAAGUGGUACUUGGACCACUUGGACACCACCUGGCAGGAAUUCUAUAUGAAUGAACCACUCACAAAUAUUAAGAACUCCAAGCAACAGAAGUUAGUUAUUGGUGGUGAGGUAUGCAUGUGGGGUGAACACAUUGAUGGGUCAGAUAUAGAACAAACCAUAUGGCCACGUGCUGCAGCAGCUGCAGAGCGGCUAUGGACACCAUAUGACAAGCUUGCCAAGGAUGCAAGUGAAGUUACUGGAAGGUUGGCUUAUUUCAGAUGUUUACUGAAUCAAAGAGGAGUUGCUGCUGCUCCAUUAUCUGGACCAGGCCGAGUUGCCCCUUUUGAACCAGGUUCCUCCUAAAUGCAAUAAGAAGCAGGGGCACUGGAACGACUCCUAGCUGUAAAAAAGCAAUUUGGCUGUAAAUUGAAGAAAGGCCCCAUUUUAAUGUACCUCAUACUGGUGGAUGCAUCUCACCUGUUAAAGAUUAGGUAGUUUCCACCAGUUGCUUUCUUCAAUUUCUUCAAGAAAAACUUAUUAUGUCU